CAGCCUGUUGAAAAAAAGGUAUAUUGUUGGCAAAGGAACUGCUGUAUUAAGAUAUAUAAAUAAAAAAAAAUGGGUAGAAGAUCAACAAAUACGACAAAAAGUGGAAAGUUUAUGAAUCCAACGGAUCAGGCAAGAAAAGAAGCCCGUAAACGAGAGCUUAAAAAGAAUAAAAAACAACGAAAGCUUGUGCGAGAAACUGUGUUGAAACUAAAAGAUCCUACCCAAAUAAUUGAGGAGAUGUUGCGACUUGAUCUGCUUGAAAUCGAGGGACUCACAGAUGCAGUAAACGACAAAGUUAUUUCAGACAAGAAAAAGAAACUGCAAGAAACAUUGACAAGAAUUCUGACUCUGUAUGAGAAGCAAGAUAAAGAAAAAUUUGGGGAAAUAAAAAAAUUUCAAGCAGAAUGUGAUCGCAAACGUCAUAGAGCGUACCUUACCUAUCAAACACAACGGAUGAAAGAGCAAGAAGAAGUACAGCGACUGAAAGAUGAGUCGGAAGCCACAUUUCAACUUUCUGAUGUUGCUCUUCCACAUUCUGGAAACCUUGCUCCUGAUGAGAUACCUUUACCUCACCAAAUGAUGCCUGGUAUGCCAGAAAUGCAGCCACCUGAAGUCCCCAUGCUAGGUUCCCAUCUUACAACAGAACACAACAUUCCACAGAUUCCUGGUCUCCCACCAGGUCUUAUACCUCCAGGACCACCUCCAGGUUUACCACCACCUCCAAGCCCAGAAUAUGAGGAUGAUGAUGCAGAACAUGAACAAUCUCGCGUCCAUGGAAAAGCUGGAAGUGAUCCAAUUGCUGAACUUGAAAAACUUGAACAUGAAUUUCAAGAUAUGAAACAUGGAGAGGGUAAUAAGGAAGACGGUGGAUCAAGAAGAAGUAGGAAGGUCCAUUUCGAGGACGAAGAUGGUGAUGAUGUUGAAAUGGAUGAUGAUGGUUCCAUGACUAUGCAGAAAAGACUACUAAAACUUGCUGGACAUGACCCAAAUCAAGCAACUACUACUCAAGAAAAUCCUGUACAACCAGGAGGACCUCCAGGGCCUCCUCCUGGUGCUCCACCACGAGUUAUGCCACCAGGCCCACCACCAGGUCGACCUCCUGGUCCACCACCUGGUCUACCACGCCCACCACCUGGGUUACCACCAAUGGGAUUACCACCAAGAAUGCCUCCAGGUUUACCUCCACCGCCUGGAAUGAGACCACCAUUUAUGGGUCCUGGUCAUGUGUUGUUUGGUUCUAGAGCACAAAACCCUGGUCCCCAAAAUGUUAUUGAGAAAGGACCAGAGAUCAAAAAGGUUGCUGGUAAAGAAGGAAACGCACCAAUUAUUAGUGCUGAACCACAACUUCGAAAUAUUCGUGCUGAGUUAACAAGAUUUGUUCCAACUGCUGUUAAAAUUCGACGUAAUCCAUCUUCCACAAAAUCAAAGGCACCACCGAAGGUUAACCUGCCCAACACCAACGAAAUUAAACCGUUACAAAAACAAAACCAGGGACCUACAAAAGACGAUGUGUACGCAAGCUUUAUGAAAGAAAUGACUGGUUUUCUGUAGCAUGGUGUCUUCAUAAAGUCGAAUUGAUACCUGCUUAUGUGUAGCUAGUGGCUAACAAAACUUAAACCGGCCCAUGAUCUACACUUAUAAAUGACAUGACAAUGAUUAUAACACUCUGUACACAGAUAAUGUUUAGUGAAACAAAAUUUGGUUGCAUAUUUUAUUAAUACAUAUUUUUAAUCUUCAAUUUGUA